GAUGACACCAGGCCGCCAGCCCACGUCGGCCGCACUCCCGCCCCGCCCGCGCAGGUCGCCGGUGCGCUCGGCGCCGCCGCUGUCCCGAGGGACACGCCCCGCCCCCUACGCUCCGCCCCUCGCCGCGCCGCGCCCCGGUUCCCACGGCGCCCGGCACCGCGGAGAAGCUCGCCUGCCCUCCCCACGAGCAGCCCGGCGGGGCCAGGCCGCGCGAACAUGGCGCUUGUCCCCUGCCAGGUGCUGCGGGUAGCCAUCCUGCUGUCCUAUUGCUCCAUCCUGUGCAACUACAAGGCCAUCGAAAUGCCCUCGCAUCAGACCUACGGGGGCAGCUGGAAGUUCCUGACCUUCAUUGAUCUGGUUAUCCAGGCUGUGUUCUUCGGCAUCUGUGUGCUGACUGAUCUCUCUAGUCUUCUGACCCGAGGUAGCGGGAACCAGGAGCAAGAACGGCAGCUCAGGAAGCUCAUCUCUCUCAGGGACUGGACGCUGGCUGUGCUGGCAUUUCCUGUCGGGGUUUUUGUUGUUGCGGUGUUCUGGACCAUCUAUGCCUAUGACAGAGAGAUGAUAUACCCAAGAUUGCUUGACAACUUUAUCCCAGGGUGGCUGAACCAUGGAAUGCACACAACGGUUUUGCCCUUUAUAUUAAUCGAGAUGAGAACGUCCCACCAUCAGUAUCCCAGCAGGAGCAGCGGGCUUGUCGCCAUAUGCAUCUUCUCCAUGGGCUAUAUAUUAUGGGUGUGCUGGAUACAUCAUGUCACCGGCAUGUGGGUGUACCCUUUCCUGGAACAUAUUGGCUCAGGGGCCAGGAUCAUCUUCUUUGGGUCAACAACCAUCCUCAUGAAUUUCCUGUACCUGCUUGGAGAAGUACUGAACAGCUACAUCUGGGAUACACAGAAAAGUAUAGAAGAAGAAAAAGAGAAACCUAAGCUGGAAUGAGAUCCAAGAGGAGAAGCAGGGAGGAGCUGCCCUUGAAUUCUUUGGACCCUGAACAUCAUCAAUGAGGAGACAGAACUUCAAAGGAGGCCAUUGCAUCAACCCUGCCUCCCUGACCCUGAGGGAGGACAACUUUUAUAUACAAAUAUGUACAAAAUAAGAUUAUGUUGCCUUUGGAAAUAACUCACCCUUGUUUUUGUAAAUACUUCGUCCAAGUUCAUUAUACAUGACAUUUUUUCCUCUUUUCUAGUUUUAAAAUUAAAGUGAUCAUUGCAUUUUCAUUUCUGAAAUAAUAACUCCACUUCAAGAAAAAAAUCAAAUAUAUUUCUUGUUGAGGAAUAGGAUAAAAUUGAAGGGGCAGAUGUGGAUGGGGGCAUUCAUAGUUAGUCUUAAAGGAGGCUGGAGUCAUGACACUAGUAUACAGUGUGGAUGCAGGAGGAUGCAGGGUCGGUGGUUCCUGUGGUGAUAGGAUCAGGCUUGCUUCAGAUGAGCAGUGUUAGAAAUAGUAUCUGUUUAGUUAAAACCCUGAGUGUGCUUGGAUCUCCCUGUUUGAUCUGUGAAAUUCUUCCCACAUUGCAAACGUUACUGUUAAUAAAAACCAACCAACCCAAACCUG